AUGAUAAUGAGGAAACAGUACAAAUUCAAGAUGCUGAAGAUGUGCCCGAAUUUAUAAGAACAAUGAUCCGAACACUACAUAAUCGAGAUGAAGUAUUCAAAAUGUUACAUUGUCUUAAGGUGAUAGAUGAUAAUGAUGUUUUUAGCAAAUUCAAGCAUCUUCACGGGUUGCUUGUAUUAAAAGCGUAUCUAGUCGAAUGGAGACAAGAUGAUGAGAUUGUUUUAAUG